AUGAAUUCUAAAGUUUGCGUUAAUUGUUUUAAUAAAAAGUCUGUUAAUCAGACGGACAAUCGUCUGGUUACCGAAAGUUGUGGUCAUGUAAAGUGUAUGGAUUGCUUACUUCACGAAAAAUCCGGUUGUCUAGCUUGUUUGAGGAAUGAAAGUAAAGCAGAGAUUGUUUUGAAAAAUGAAAACAAGGAUACCGCGCCGGUCGCAACUAAUGAAGAGCCCAUUGAAGCUGAAACUGUCAAUAAAGAAGAUGAGAAUGGUCUAGAAAGUAUAUUUAUUAAAAAACUAGAGUAUGAGCAUAUUCAAGUUGAAAUGGAUGGUGAUAAAAAAUGUUACACUUGUACGGUUUGUAAGAAAAAGUUUCACUCUCGAAGUCAAGUGUGUUAUCAUGCUUAUUGCAAUGGACAGAAGAAGCCUCAUCACUGCCAAAUUUGUAAACAGAGUUUCACAUCACUCUCCCACUACAAGUAUCACAUGCGUGUCCACAAUCAAGAACGAUCAUUCACAUGUGACUUGUGUAGCGCUGCCUUCUAUCAAAUGUCGAAGCUAAAACGACAUAGACUCAAACACACCAAAGAGAAGAAGUAUGGGUGUAGUGAGUGUGGCAAGGCUUUCAACAAUCAAUCAUCGUUGCGGAAGCACAUUUUAACACACUCGCGCGAGCGGCCCUACGAGUGCGCCGCAUGUGGUCGUCGCUUCCGGGACGGCUCCAACUACAAGAAGCACGUCGACAAACACAGUGAUGGUGGCGGGCUCGGGGCGGGGGCGCGCGCGCACGCCUGCCCGCGCUGCAGGAAGGCCUUCCACUCGCGCAAGGACAUGCGCCGCCACGCCGCCAUACACUCCGAUUCGAAGCCAUUCCGCUGUAAAGCUUGUCCAGAAGAACGUCGUUUCCGACGAAAAGAUAACCUUGAACGCCAUAUUCGUAACGCUCAUCCUGACUGCUCGCCCACAGCCGCCCUAGAGUGCGAUCUAGGAGCCCUGCAGAGCGUAGCCCGCGACGCUCUCACCCCACCCGAAGAUGACCUUUCUCCCGUCACUCAUCACGUGCGAUCUCCCGAUUAUGACAAGACAGAGAAGACCAGGCUGGAGAUACUGAACCCGCUGCCUCCUCUGCCGCAAGAAGUCAUUCGUCAGCACAUGGAUAAACCGGUAUCCCCUGACGCCAGUGUUAAAAAGAGUGGCAGUGAAAGUGUAGUGGAUAAGAAGUCGAUUAUCGAAGCGAAUAUAGCGCGACAAAGUGUCAUAGUUGAGAAGCGGAAUGCUGAUGGCGAUAAAAAAUUAUCGAGUCCGGAAAAUGAGUAUGUUCACAAGAUCCGCAAAGCAAUAAUACCCUUACCUCCGAUAGAUCAGGAGAAGUUCCGUAGUGUCCAGAGAGGGCUGUUACCGGACAGUGUGUCUGCAGCUCCGUCGAUUAAGAAUAUGGAGAUUUACAAGAAGAUAUUGUACGAGAAGAUAGAUAAGGACACAACUGAGGUGAUACAGAAUCCGAAAAUGCAUUGGAGGCGGAAAAUGGAACAAGAUAUUAAUUAG